AUGAUUAUUAUCUGGUCUCACCUGGUGUUGCCGUUGUUCAGUGUCUCAUUCAAAGUAUUUAAGAUUACGAAAUGGGACGGUCUCAAAGUGACGUGGGGUCCCAACCCUGAGGCCCCAGGAGUGUUUACAAAACAGCCAGAAACGGAGAAGGAAGCUUUAGCUGCUGGCUUCGAAAAAAUCAAUGAGUGCGAAGCACGCUAUCCUUGGAAAGGUUCACGUUAUCUAAAAAAUGGCGACAGAUCUUUAAUGCUCUUGUAUGACGUUGCUGGAUACAUAGCAGGGAUUCAAGCACAGGUGCCAGAGAAUCAACCUAAUGGCUUCCCGUCAACUUACCAGCGGCCCCCAUUUGUUAAAGAUGGAAGUUUUUGGACGAUCACAGUUUACUUCACAGAUCCAUCCAAGAUCUGCACGACAGGUCGUACAGCCGAGGAAUUUAAACAACAAGGCAUUGGUUCUAACUUAUACAUCCAGAAUAGCACGCGGCCGAAAGACAGUAUCAUAAUACCUAGAAAUGAGACAGGGCUUGCAAACUCUCUUUGGAAAAAAGGACCGUGCUUUCCUAUGAUGGGUACACACUACUGGUGGAAUCAGAGUGAAGACUUGAGUUGUGACCAAACAUUCCCAGUUUUCCUCUUCUACACGGGGCAACAGCUUGUUGGUUUCGGCUGGGCGUUUGUCACCAAUUUGUCUUCACCAAACUAUGAGCACCCACCUGCAAUUUUAUACAAGAUGUUCAUGAAUCCUGUUCCCAAAUGCCUGAUGACUUCUGGUGUUACUACUUCGAUGCACAUCUAUCUCACUAGUCAACCAGAGAAAAUCACUUGCUAG